UUUUAUUUAAUUCCCUUCCCCCCCCCCCCCCCCUUUUCUUCAUCUCUAAUUAUAGGUACCUACCUAAUGUAAAUCCAUUUUUAUCGCGCGAUGAAGCCCAUUACUUUCGCCGGUAUCCUCGCUCUGGGCACCACCCCUGCGGCUGCCGCCCCAACAGCAGCCGGGUCCGCGGGGUGCGGCAAAUCGCACCUGCUCCCCGGGAUAACGACAUACCACGGACUCACGAGCAGCGGGAAGGGGCGGAACUACUUCAUCCACUUACCGGGGAACUACAGCGAGACGACGCCGUACCCGGUCGUGGUUGGUUUCCACGGGUCGAGUAGCAUCGGGUUGUUUUUCGAGGUGGAUACCGGGUUGAGCUCGGAUAGGUUCAGCGCAAAUAAAAUCAUGGUCUACCCGAACGGUCUCGGCGGCGCCUGGACUGGCGCGAAUUACUCCGAAGCCUCGGUUGAGGAAGACCUGCAAUUCGUCUUGGACCUGUUGGACGAUGUCAGGGGAUCAUAUUGUGUAGAUGACAGCCGAAUCUACGCUACAGGAAUGUCCAUCGGGGGCGGCUUCGUCAACACAAUCGCGUGUAACGAUAUAGGAGGACAAUUCGCCGCUUUUGCGCCCGCCUCAGGGUCGUACUAUACGGAUAACGACGCGGCGCACGGGGAUUGCAAGCCAGCGCGAAGUCCAUUGCCUUUACUCGAAGUCCACGGAGGUGCUGACGGUAGCGUGCACUACGACGGCGGGGACGGUGAAGGAGGUGAGGAGCCGAGUAUUCCCACGUGGUUGGGAUGGUGGUCGCAGCGGAAUGGGUGCGAUGAUGGCGCGAAGAAGGUGGAGGAUAGCUUUGAUGGAGACGUGCACCAUACCACCUGGAAUUGUGGUGGUGAAGAUGGUGCGCUGCAGCAUUGGAAGGUCGAUGAUAUGGGGCACUGCUGGGCAUCAACCGAGAUCAACUUCUCACAGGUAGCGGCAGGCCAGGGACCGACGCAUAUACAGGCGUCGCAAAUUAUCAUGGAGUUCUUCGACAAGUUUACCAAGCCGUGAAAGAGGACGGAUUUACCCCGUGUUAUAGUGUCGCAGGAUGGACUAAAGUUUGUGCAUGAAGCUGUAUGAUAAGUGUUAGCUGUAAAUAUCGCUCUCAAGUAGGUAUAUAUACAACACGCCCUUUAUCAAAGUUUGAAUGCCUACCUCUAGCUAGAUAUAAUUUAUUC